UCCGGCCGGUCGUCCGUCACGUGCCGGUCAUGUGACGACGCCGCGGAAGGCGGCGGCGGCAUGUUCUCGGCGGGAGCGGAGAAUCUGCUCCAGCAGGCCAGGGGGAUCCAGGCUGAGGAACUGGGCCGGUUCUGUGGCCGGAUCACGAAGCAGCUGCAGAAUGAGGACUGGGGCCCGGACACCCUCGACAGCCUGCAGAGGCUCUUCCUCAUCGUCUCGGCCACCAAAUACUCCAGGAAGCUGCAGGAGCCUGUCCCGGACCUGCUGCAGGUGGCCCUCUGCUCACCCGCCUGCCCUGAGCACUUGCAGCUGCUCUGUGCCGCCAUCCUGCGGGAGAUGGCACCCAUGGACAGCUUGGGCCAGCGCCUGUGUGGGGACCACGCACGCAGCGGGCGGUGGUUGAGCCUCGCAGCCUCCGUGCUCCUUGCCCAGGGAGAUAGGAGGAACGAGGUCCGCACUGUGAGCCAGCGCGCCUGUGAGUGCCUGGGGAGUCGGCACCCAGAGGGGCCCGGGCCUGGCCACCUGCUCCCGCUCCUGGCCAAGGUCACCAGCCUGGCCCCAGGCAGCCUUCACGAAGACCAGACUAACCUGCUCCACAAGCGUCUGGGAGACUGGCUCCGCUAUGCCAGCAUGCAGCAGGCCGUGCCCCCUUCCUCAGGGGGCUUCUUCACGCCCAGGACCCGCCAGCCAGGGUCUCUGGCCGAGGUGGAUGGAGCACUGGCCACGGACUUCUUCACGGUGCUGUGCUCAGGCCGGAGCUUCCCCGAGGAACAGCGGCUGAGCGUGCAGGCCUUCUCCGUGCUGCGUGCCUGGCUGCGGAACAGCAGCUGUGGGGACCCCAGCACCCCCGACACAGAUGACAGGUCAGAUCUGGAAGGUUCCACGCUGUCAGUGCUCUCAGCUGCCCCCACCACCAGCGGCCUGCUGCCCCCCCGGGAGCGGCUCCGGGAAAAGACCUUUGAGUACUGCCAGCGCCUCGUGGAGCAGAGCGGCCGACGGGCACUGCGCAAGGCCGACUCGGAGCUGCAGAAAGCGUGCCUGGUGGAGGCUGUGUUGCUGCUGGACCAGCUGUGCCGGGCAGACCCCUCCUUCCUGUACCGCAGCCUGGCCUGCCUCAGGGCCCUGCAGGGCCGGCUGUGCGGGGACCCGGCGUGCGUGCGAGCGCUCCUGCCCGUGGCCCAGUUCUACCUCAACCACGGGGAGGCCGCGGCCGUGGGUGCAGAGGCUGUGUGGCAGACGCUGCUGACCCGGGUCCCGGCUGAGUACUUCCACAGCCCGGUGCUAGCCUUCGAGCUCGUCCGCUUCUGCAGGGACAGCGCCCAGCUGCGCGGGGACUGCCUGGAGCGCGUGCGCCGCCACUUCCCCAACCUCCUCAAGUUCCUGGCCUGGAACAGCCCGCCCCUCGUGGCUGAGUUUGUGGAACUGCUCCCGUGGCUGGUGGAUGUGGACAAUGCCCUGGAGAUGUUCCACACGCUGCUGGACCUGCCGUGUCUCACCGCAGCCCUGGACUUGCAGCUCCGGACACUGCCCCCCACCUCUGAGCGGCCACUCUGGGACGCCUCCCUCAGGGUCCCCCUCUGUCUGGACACCUUCCGGGACCCACAGUUCCAACGCCUCUUCCAGUACCUGCUGCGGCCCACGGCUGGUGGCACCCCAGAGAGGUCUGCCCCCCUGUACCCGCUGCUGCAGCCCAUGGCUGCCGGGGCCCGCGUGCUACAGUGCGCAGAGGCUGCGCCCACGCUGCUCGGGGUCUUCUUCUCAGCUGUGAACAAGAUCGUUGAUGAGACCCUGAGCCGUCGCCUGGCAUUGGCUCUGCUGGAGAGAAGCGACUCGCUCUUCCCGGCCGCCCAGUACAGGGCGCACGUGCACAGGGUGCUGGGCCCUCAGCUGCUGGCGCUGUUCCAGCUGCGGCCCGAGCUGGUGCUCGAGCUGGCCAAGGAGCUGCUGGAAUUCGUGGGCAGUGGCGUGGGCAGCCGCGGGGACCUGCUCACCUGCGUGGUGUGGGCGGUCGGCGAGUAUGUGUCAGUGCCCUGGAACCGCCACUGCACCGUGGAGCACGUGAACCAGUUCUUCGAGGCGCUCGAGGCACUGCUGUUCGAGCUCACCCAGUCUCGGCCCUCAGCUGCAACGCCCCUAUGCCCGCCUCAGGCCGUCACCGCGCUCAUGACAGCACUCACCAAGCUGGCCUCGAGGAGCCAAGACCUCAUUCCCAGGGCCUCACUCCUGCUGUCCAAGACGAGGGCGCUGGCCCCUGGCGUGGGCCCCGGGGAGCAGGCCAUGGCGGCCAUCGGCACUCGGGCCACGGAGCUGCUGAACCUACUCAAGAUGCCCAGCGUGGCCCAGUUCGUGCUCACCCCCAGCGUGGACAUGACCACAGCCCGCUACCACCGCGACACCAACACGGCGCUGCCGCUGGCCCUGGGCACCGUCCGUCAGCUGCUGGACAGAGAGGGGGGCAUGGUGCCGGCAGGCACCGAUGGGGACCGUGGGGAGGGUCCACAGGGGUGAGCAGACGUGCACCAGUGCCCUGCAUGGGGGAACAGAGGCUGGAAGGCGAGUCCUCCCGUCCUGAGGGAGCAAGGGAGGCUAUGUGUGCUCAGGGACCAUGCGGAGGCCAAGUGG